CCACCUGACUGCAACGCAAAUUUUGGGAAGAAAUGGCGCAGCAUCUGAGAUACCUCUUGGUUUUGGCCUUAGUAGAAGUGGUCUUGUCAUCAGGGGUGUUUGAGUUGAAAAUCCACUCAUUUCACACGGCGCAUCGCAUCUGCAGAAGACACAGGGAUUGCCAUAUAUUUUUCCGAAUUUGCCUCAAGCACCCAGAGGAUGUGAUCUCAGCGGAGCCACCUUGCACUUUUGGGACCGGGCACACCAACGUCAUCAGGGCCGAUCACACCUCAAUCUCCAGCAGCGCUCCCAUCAGGGUGCCUUUUCACUUCAAGUGGCCGGGAACAUUUUCGUUGAUCAUUGAAGCCUGGAACGCCGAAUCUCCGACUGAAUACACAGACAACCAAAACAACCUUGUGAGCCGCCUAGCGACCAGGAGAAGACUUGCCAUCGGAGAGGACUGGUCCCAGGACGUGCAUUUUGGGGAGCAGAGCGAGCUGCGCUACUCCUACCACGUCUUCUGCGACGAGUAUUACUUCGGCGACGCCUGCGCAGACUACUGCAGGCCGAGAGACGACACGCUGGGCCACUACACCUGCGAUGAGGAGGGCAACCGCAUCUGUCUGGAGGGCUGGAAGGGAAGCUACUGCUCUGAGCCCAUCUGCUCGGCGGACUGCAGUGAGAAGCACGGCUACUGCGAGGCCCCAGGGGGCUGUACGUGUCGCAUGGGCUGGCAGGGCCCCUCCUGCAAUGAAUGCGUCCGCUACCCUGGCUGCCUCCACGGGACAUGCAGCCAGCCCUGGCAGUGCAACUGUCAGGAGGGCUGGGGGGGCCUCUUCUGCGACCAGGACCUCAACUACUGCACCAACCACCGGCCCUGUGCCAACGGGGCGACCUGCACCAACACGGGCCAGGGCAGCUACACCUGCACCUGCCGGCCCGGCUACGGAGGCACCAACUGCGAGCUGGAGACCAACGAGUGCGACAGCAACCCCUGCAAGAACGGAGGCAGCUGCAAUGACCUGGAGAACGACUAUUCCUGCACUUGCCCCCAGGGCUUCUACGGUAAGAACUGUGAGAUCAUCGCCAUGACGUGCGCUGACGGCCCCUGCUUCAACGGCGGCACCUGCAUGGAGACUCUGACCGGAGGUUACACCUGUCGCUGCCCCCCAAGCUACACUGGCUCCAACUGUGAGAAGAAGCUGGACCGCUGCAGCAACAGCCCCUGUCUCAACGGUGGGGAGUGUCUGGACCUGGGCCAGAGUGUGUUGUGCCGCUGUCAGGCAGGCUUCACCGGUGCCAACUGCCAGGUCAACAUUGACGACUGCGCCUCGAGUCCCUGCCAGAACGCUGGGACCUGCCAAGACGGUGUGAAUGACUACACCUGCUCCUGCACCCUGGGGUUCACCGGCAAGAACUGCAGCGUGCGUUCGGACGCCUGCGGUGCUCGUCCUUGCCAGAACGGCGGCACCUGCUUCACUCACUUCACUGGGCCCGUGUGCCAGUGCCCCAAGGGCUUCAUGGGCCCCAGUUGUGAGUUCACACUCCAGCCCAGCUUCAAGCCCGCUUUGCGCCAAACCUCGCAGCCUUCCUCUGCCACCCUCACCGCCUCCUGUGUUCUGGCUGUCCUUGCACUGGCGCUGGUGGUGGGCAUUGUAAUUCUGAGGAGGAGGCGGCGACUGCGUGGCAGGAAGCAGCUGAGCGACAUCGCAGUUUAUAACGACUUGGAGACGGUCAACAACCUGGGAGGAAGCGAAAGAGAAGCUUUCCUGGGGCCCAGCGGCCUCUUCAAGAUCAGCAACAGCACAGCUCGCCUCAGCCUGUCACUCAGCCCGGACGCCAGGUCUGGAUACAGGCACAACCCGGUGGAGAGCAGCCAGGCCCGAGGGGAGCGUCCAGACUUCAUGUGGAGGGAUGAGGCCGGGCUGGGAUCCGUGGGGGGGCUGAGAUGAAUCCGCUCUGAAUCCACAGGGAAA